AUGGGGAAGGACUCCAACUCCAACCCAAGAGGAGGAGAGGAGACUGAGUUCAGCUCACUGGGGAACUUGGCUGCAGAGGGCAGGCGCACAGGAGUGUGGCUGGGGAGCCCUGGGUACCAGGCCCAGGACUGGCUGACGCGCUACGGCUACCUGCCGGCCCCGGACCCCGGCCAGGCCCAGCUGCGCAGCGCCGCCCGGCUGCGCGACGCCCUGAAGCUCAUGCAGAGGUUCGCGGGGCUGCCGGAGACCGGCUCGCUGGACCCAGAGACCAUAGCUGCCAUGCAGAAGCCUCGCUGCUCGCUGCCCGACGUGCUGGGGUCUGCGGGGCUGGUGAGACGCCGCCGCCGCUAUGCCCUCAGCGGGAGCAUGUGGAAGAAGCGGGCCCUGACCUGGAGGGUGCAGUCCUUCCCGCAGAGCUCGGGCCUGAGUGCGAACGCUGUGCGCUACCUCAUGAAAAACGCCCUGGACGUCUGGGGCGUUGAGUGCAGCCUCACGUUCCAGGAGGUCACUUCCCAGGAGCCCGACAUCCUCAUCCACUUCGCCCGGGCCUACCACCAGGACAGCUAUCCCUUUGACGGGCAGGGUGGCACACUGGCCCACGCCUUCUUCCCUGGGGAGCACCCCAUUUCUGGGGACACCCACUUCGACGAUGAGGAGACCUGGACUUUUGGAUCAAAAGACGAUGAUGGAAUCGACCUGUUUGCCGUGGCGGUCCACGAGUUCGGCCAUGCCCUGGGCCUGGGCCAUUCCUCCGCACCCAACUCCAUUAUGAGGCCUUUCUAUCAGGGCCCGGUGGGCGACCCCGAGAAGUACCGCCUGUCCCAAGAUGACCGCGACGGCCUGGCGCAGCUCUAUGGGAGAGCAUCGAACACCCCCUAUGACAGGCCCACCAGGAAGCCCCUGGGGCCCCCAGACCCGCCCCCGGCCCCGCCCCCCGACAGCCCCUCCACACCCGUUCCCGAUCGCUGUGAAGGCAAUUUCGACGCCAUUGCCAACAUCCGUGGGGAGAUCUUCUUCUUCAAAGGCCCCUGGUUCUGGCGCCUGCAGCCGUCGGGACAGCUGGUGUCGCCCCGGCCGGCGCGGCUGCACCGCUUCUGGGAGGGGCUGCCGGCCCACCCCCUCCUGGCCCCUGCAGACCUGGGGGUGCCCACCCAGUGA